AUGUGCGGGAGUGAAAGCCAUGUGCGGGUGGGUGAAAGCCAUGUGCGGGUGGGUGAAAGCCAUGUGCGGGUGGGUGAAAGCCAUGUGCGGGUGGGUGAAAGCCAUGUGCGGGUGGGUGAAAGCCAUGUGCGGGUGGGUGAAAGCCAUGUGCGGGUGGGUGAAAGCCAUGUGCGGGUGGGUGAAAGCCAUGUGCGGGUGGGUGAAAGCCAUGUGCGGGUGGGUGAAAGCCAUGUGCGGGUGGGUGAAAGCCAUGUGCGGGUGGGUGAAAGCCAUGUGCGGGUGGGUGAAAGCCAUGUGCGGGUGGGUGAAAGCCAUGUGCGGGUGGGUGAAAGCCAUGUGCGGGUGGGUGAAAGCCAUGUGCGGGUGGGUGAAAGCCAUGUGCGGGUGGGUGAAAGCCAUGUGCGGGUGGGUGAAAGCCAUGUGCGGGUGGGUGAAAGCCAUGUGCGGGUGGGUGAAAGCCAUGUGCGGGUGGGUGAAAGCCAUGUGCGGGUGGGUGAAAGCCAUGUGCGGGUGGGUGAAAGCCAUGUGCGGGUGGGUGAAAGCCAUGUGCGGGUGGGUGAAAGCCAUGUGCGGGUGGGUGAAAGCCAUGUGCGGGUGGGUGAAAGCCAUGUGCGGGUGGGUGAAAGCCAUGUGCGGGUGGGUGAAAGCCAUGUGCGGGUGGGUGAAAGCCAUGUGCGGGUGGGUGAAAGCCAUGUGCGGGUGGGUGAAAGCCAUGUGCGGGUGGGUGAAAGCCAUGUGCGGGUGGGUGAAAGCCAUGUGCGGGUGGGUGAAAGCCAUGUGCGGGUGGGUGAAAGCCAUGUGCGGGUGGGUGAAAGCCAUGUGCGGGUGGGUGAAAGCCAUGUGCGGGUGGGUGAAAGCCAUGUGCGGGUGGGUGAAAGCCAUGUGCGGGUGGGUGAAAGCCAUGUGCGGGUGGGUGAAAGCCAUGUGCGGGUGGGUGAAAGCCAUGUGCGGGUGGGUGAAAGCCAUGUGCGGGUGGGUGAAAGCCAUGUGCGGGUGGGUGAAAGCCAUGUGCGGGUGGGUGAAAGCCAUGUGCGGGUGGGUGAAAGCCAUGUGCGGGUGGGUGAAAGCCAUGUGCGGGUGGGUGAAAGCCAUGUGCGGGUGGGUGAAAGCCAUGUGCGGGUGGGUGAAAGCCAUGUGCGGGUGGGUGAAAGCCAUGUGCGGGUGGGUGAAAGCCAUGUGCGGGUGGGUGAAAGCCAUGUGCGGGUGGGUGAAAGCCAUGUGCGGGUGGGUGAAAGCCAUGUGCGGGUGGGUGAAAGCCAUGUGCGGGUGGGUGAAAGCCAUGUGCGGGUGGGUGAAAGCCAUGUGCGGGUGGGUGAAAGCCAUGUGCGGGUGGGUGAAAGCCAUGUGCGGGUGGGUGAAAGCCAUGUGCGGGUGGGUGAAAGCCAUGUGCGGGUGGGUGAAAGCCAUGUGCGGGUGGGUGAAAGCCAUGUGCGGGUGGGUGAAAGCCAUGUGCGGGUGGGUGAAAGCCAUGUGCGGGUGGGUGAAAGCCAUGUGCGGGUGGGUGAAAGCCAUGUGCGGGUGGGUGAAAGCCAUGUGCGGGUGGGUGAAAGCCAUGUGCGGGUGGGUGAAAGCCAUGUGCGGGUGGGUGAAAGCCAUGUGCGGGUGGGUGAAAGCCAUGUGCGGGUGGGUGAAAGCCAUGUGCGGGUGGGUGAAAGCCAUGUGCGGGUGGGUGAAAGCCAUGUGCGGGUGGGUGAAAGCCAUGUGCGGGUGGGUGAAAGCCAUGUGCGGGUGGGUGAAAGCCAUGUGCGGGUGGGUGAAAGCCAUGUGCGGGUGGGUGAAAGCCAUGUGCGGGUGGGUGAAAGCCAUGUGCGGGUGGGUGAAAGCCAUGUGCGGGUGGGUGAAAGCCAUGUGCGGGUGGGUGAAAGCCAUGGCGGGUGGGUGAAAGCCAUGUGCGGGUGGGUGAAAGCCAUGUGCGGGUGGGUGAAAGCCAUGUGCGGGUGGGUGAAAGCCAUGUGCGGGUGGGUGAAAGCCAUGUGCGGGUGGGUGAAAGCCAUGUGCGGGUGGGUGAAAGCCAUGUGCGGCCAUGUGCGGGUGGGUGAAAGCCAUGUGCGGGUGGGUGAAAGCCAUGUGCGGGUGGGUGAAAGCCAUGUGCGGGUGGGUGAAAGCCAUGUGCGGGUGGGUGAAAGCCAUGUGCGGGUGGGUGAAAGCCAUGUGCGGGUGGGUGAAAGCCAUGUGCGGGUGGGUGAAAGCCAUGUGCGGGUGGGUGAAAGCCAUGUGCGGGUGGGUGAAAGCCAUGUGCGGGUGGGUGAAAGCCAUGUGCGGGUGGGUGAAAGCCAUGUGCGGGUGGGUGAAAGCCAUGUGCGGGUGGGUGAAAGCCAUGUGCGGGUGGGUGAAAGCCAUGUGCGGGUGGGUGAAAGCCAUGUGCGGGUGGGUGAAAGCCAUGUGCGGGUGGGUGAAAGCCAUGUGCGGGUGGGUGAAAGCCAUGUGCGGGUGGGUGAAAGCCAUGUGCGGGUGGGUGAAAGCCAUGUGCGGGUGGGUGAAAGCCAUGUGCGGGUGGGUGAAAGCCAUGUGCGGGUGGGUGAAAGCCAUGUGCGGGUGGGUGAAAGCCAUGUGCGGGUGGGUGAAAGCCAUGUGCGGGUGGGUGAAAGCCAUGCGCGGGUGGGUGAAAGCCAUGUGCGGGUGGGUGAAAGCCAUGUGCGGGUGGGUGAAAGCCAUGUGCGGGUGGGUGAAAGCCAUGUGCGGGUGGGUGAAAGCCAUGUGCGGGUGGAGGUGAGGACGGACAUUGCGGCGCACGAGUCGGGUGAUGUCCACAGCAGCGGUGGUGCCGGCAGCAGCAAUGCCCACCAUCACCGCCCUGCCCCCGUCCCUCACUGCAUGCACCGUCUGCCCAAACGUCUCCGCCCGCCCCAACGCCUCCACCGCCACGUCCACCCCCAUGCCGCCCGUUAUGGCCUGGCAGAGGGAAUGGGGGAGAUGGGGCACACGUGA